GUUCUUCCGUUCUUUUUUUCAGUCCUUUCCUCAAAGAUAUCGAAAAAGUGGACUUUGGUGAAGUUCGUUUUCUGGAGCCCAGCACUCGAUUGAUAACAGUGAAGAACACGGGAAAGUCUCCCGUUCGAUUCAAGUUCAUUGUUAGACCGGAACGAGGUAUCUGUGCAAAAUGGCUCCAAAUCACACCACCGCAUUAUGUUAUCCCGAUUGGACAGUCAACUCAGAUAUCACUGACAGUCAUUAUCGAUAAGGAGAUUUCGUGGGAAGCUAAGGACACGAAGCUUCAAGAUAUUCUAGUUAUGAACUUGGAGCAUGGACGGGAUUACUUUGUACCCGUUGUUGCGACAUACCUUCCCAGAUGCUUCGGAGUAUCACUUGAACAUCUUAUGAAUCGCAAAGCGGAACCAGAAAAGAAUCUGAUAGACUUCUAUUUUUUCCUACUGACGUUUUAUUAUCUCGUGGAUGCUGGAUGCUUGUCACCUUUUUUUGUUGCGGAAGGUGAUGGUCCAGAAGAUGACGAAUUUUGCCCACCAAAUGUUCCUCGCGAGGUGUAUAAACUUGUAUGCGCAUUACAAAAGUUAGGAGCCGAUAAAUUGGAUCUCAAUGAUAUCGUUGACAAUUCGACUUUCAUAAAAGUGCGAACAGCCUUGGAGAACAAUUUUCCUAAAGAUCUGAGUAAGUGAAU